AUGAUUAAAAUGAAGGUGAUCAAUUUUAAUACAGUAAAUUUUGUUGAAAAAGUUAAAGCAUUAAAAUGGAAUUAUUAUUAUUAUUAUUAUUAUAGAAAAUUAUCUACAGAAGCAAGUUCUGUAUUAUUGACAGAAAAAACCGCGGAAAAUUCAAAUAUUAAUUUAAAUUUAAAAAGUGAAAAUAAAUUAAAAAUUGAAAAUGAAGAUGAUUAUUACUUUGAAAAUGUACAGAAAAAUUUGAAUUUAAAUAAUAACCCGCUAAAAAAUUUCAAAAAUAAAGCGCGGGAAAAUUUAAAUUUAAAAAUUGAAACGCGGGAAAAUUUAAAUAAUUCAAAAAUUGAAGCGCGGGAAGAUUUAAAUUUAAAAAUUAAAGCGCGGGAAAAUUUAAAAAUUAAAACGCGGGAAAAUUUAAAUUUAAAAAAACAAAACCUUAAAUCAGGACCAAACUUAUCUGAUUUUAUAACAAAUACAGUGUUAAAAUAUUCUAAUGAAACUGAAAUAGCACCGGAAGAGGCUCACCCUUACCUACCAUCGCUAAAUGCAUACGGAAAAAAAGUAUUUUUCGACGUGUAUGGCUGCCAAAUGAACGUAAGUGACACGGAAAUAAUUUACUCAGUUUUAAAGUCAGCGGGUUACGAGCGCACUCUAACUUUAGAAGAAGCGGACGUGAUUCUGGUAGUGACUUGCGCGAUAAGAGAUGGCGCUGAGCAGAAAGUCUGGGGGCGCUUAGCGUCUCUGAACAACUUGCGACGUCGACGCCAUUUGAUGGGCAGUCCGCCAUUACGCGUCGGGUUGCUAGGGUGCAUGGCGGAGCGGUUGAAGAAUAAGAUCCUGGAAGAGAGCAAGUACGUAGACUUAGUUGCGGGACCCGACGCGUACAGAGACCUGCCAAGGCUGCUGUCAGUCACGGAGGAAAACCAGGCGGCCAUUAAUGUUGCUCUGAGUUUCGACGAAACUUACGCGGACAUAAAUCCCGUGAGGCUCAACGGAGACUCCAAGUCCGCUUUUGUGACGAUUAUGAGGGGCUGUGAUAACAUGUGCACUUACUGCAUUGUUCCUUUUGUCCGCGGCCGCGAGAGGUCCAGGCCAAUUAAGAGUAUUCUCGACGAAGUGCGACAUCUCGCGGAUUCUGGAGUGAAGGAAGUUACGCUCCUUGGGCAGAAUGUCAAUAGCUACAGAGAUCUCUCGGAAGAAAUGUUUCCGGUGCAGGAGAAGAAAAGCACUGAAUUGGCGAAAGGAUUUAAGACGGUUUACAAGAAUAAGAUCGGAGGAAGGAGGUUCGCGGAUUUGCUGGAAAAAGUUGCGGAAAUAGACCCGGAGAUGAGGAUUAGGUUCACCUCGCCGCAUCCAAAGGAUUUUCCCGACGAAGUCCUGCAUCUAAUUUCCACCAAACCGAACAUAUGCAAGCAGAUUCACCUACCGGCGCAAUCAGGCAACUCCGCAGUAUUAGAGCGCAUGCGCCGUGGGUACACCCGAGAAUCUUACCUCGAGCUAGUAAAUCACAUCCGCGAAUUAAUCCCGGAUAUUCAGCUGUCCAGUGACUUUAUCGCGGGCUUUUGCGGAGAAACUGACGCGGAAUUCGAGGACACUCUUACAUUAAUGGAGAAAGUGCAGUACCACGUAGCGUACUUGUUCCAGUACAGCAUGAGAGAAAAAACUACCGCCCACAGACGCUUCCAAGAUGACGUACCACCGGAAGUUAAGCUUGAAAGAAUGCAGCGUAUGGCCAAUUUGUUUCGAGCUCAAGCUGAAAAGCUCAACAGUCAAUUAAUAGGCACGCGACAGCUUGUUUUGAUCGAAGGGGUGAGUUUUCAUUUUCUUUCGACUGUAACUCCCAAAAUUGGGGGAAAUUUUGGAAAAUUUUCAAUGGAGGUGGUCCAGAAUUUUCCCGGCUACAAUUUUGGUCCUAAGGUCUCUCGAAGAUCGGAAUCAACUCUCCAAGGCCGCACUGAUGGCAACACCAGAGUCCUAAUUCCCAACGUAGAAAUACCAGACGGCUCUGUAAAUCGUCCAAUAAGCGCCGGGGACUACGUAGUGGUGGGAAUCAGCACCUCAAACUCAAACUCGUUAACUGGGGUCCCGGUUUCUCAUUCGUCAAUUUCUGAAUUUGAUAAAAGUAGUAGAUAA